CUAGAGCCAUUAACAACCUUCGACAGGUUGUAAAUAGACCGUCGAUGGGUGAGCAGCUGCAGAGGAUGCGGUUAUUAGGGAUUAGAUUGGGUGGUUAGGUUUUUUCCCUUGUACUUCAGCCGUGCUUUGCUGCAGUGAUGCUUAAAAUUCUGCAGUACUUCUGAAAGGAAAAUGUGCUGUGUAGUAGCUUUGGAAAAGAGGUCGGCUUUUAAGUAUUUAGUUAUGUUAUAGGGCUUCUUAGACAGAUCACCUGGUUGGUGUAUAGAUAUCUCGACAUGUCUGCAACAUUUGGAUUGUAAUUUACUUUUAACUGCGUGAUUUACACUCACAUUUCUAAGACAGUUUCAGAGUGUCAUUUGGCAAUGGGAGCUUGGGCGAGCAGGCAAAAUGCUGGAGUAGAAGAGUUGGAUAUUCCUUCUAAUUCGGUUUACAGAUAUCCUCCUAAAUCCGGGAGCUACUUUGCAAAUCACUUUAUCAUGGGAGGUGAGAAAUUUGAGUCUGCACAACCAGAGGGCUACCUGUUUGGGGAGAACACCGACCUCAACUUUCUGGGAAACAGACCAGUGCCUUUUCCAUAUUCUGCACCACCUCCACAGGAGCCUGUCAAGACACUAAGGAGUUUGAUUAAUAUUCGCAAGGAUACUCUAAGACUGGUAAAGUGCACUGAAGAGGUGAAGACCACAGAAGAGGAUGCUAGCAAGACAAAGGUUCGUUACAAUGUCGAGUUCACAUUUGAUGCUGAUGCCAGGGUUGCAAUCACGAUCUACUACCAGGCAACAGAAGAGUUCCAGAAUGGAAUGGCCAGGUACAUCCCAAAAGAGAAGGACUUGCGUUCUGAGACCGUCCAUUUUAAACGAGGAGUAUGUCAGCAGUUCUGUCUUCCAUCUCACACAAUUGAUCCCUCAGAAUGGCCUGAAGAGGAGCUUAGUUUUGACAUGGACAGAGAAGUGUUUCCUAUGGUGGUCUGCGCAGUAGUGGAUGAUGCUGCUGAACACACAGGUCAUUCUCAUGUGCUGUUGGCCACAUUUGAAAAGCACUCAGAUGGGAGUUACUGUGCAAAGCCCCUUAAGCAGAAGCAAGUGGUUGAUGGAGUCAGCUAUCUACUGCAAGAAAUUUAUGGUAUUGAAAACAAGUUCAGUUCCCAGGAAGCCAAGGUUGCAGAGGAUGAAGUCAGUGAUAACAGUGCAGAAUGUGUGGUUUGCCUGUCUGAUAUAAGGGAUACCCUCAUACUACCUUGCCGUCACCUCUGCUUGUGUAAUGCCUGUGCAGACACUUUGCGAUACCAAGCUAAUAACUGCCCCAUCUGCAGAUUGCCAUUCCGAGCCUUAUUACAGAUAAGGGCUAUGAGGAAGAAACCCGGACCUCUUUCUCCUACAAGCUUCAACCCUAUUGUUGCAUCACAGAGCUCAGAUUCUGAUGAACACUCGUUAUUGGACCACAUUCCACCUGGGUAUGAGGCUGUCUCACUCUUAGAAGCAUUGAAUGGGCCCCUUGCACCUUCCCCUGAGGGGCUACCUGUACGUGGCAGGAGUGAGAGCCACAUGUCUGCUGCACUGCCUUCCUACAGCAGCGAUGGACAUUCUCUUCCAGUAAGGACCCUUUCACCUCUUGACCGCCUGUCAGACUUCAGCACACAAGGGCUUAAACUAAAGAAGAGCACAUCCAAAUCCAUGUCUCAGAAUUCUUCAGUCCUUCAAAAGGAAGAGGAUGAGAAAUCCUGCAGCGAGUCAGAAAUUGGGAUUGCCGGGAAAAAGCUAUCCUAUCAGCAUGGAGAGGAAGAUCAAGUAACUCCAGAGAGCGAAAACCUCACACUGUCUUCCUCAGCUGCUGUUGACCAGUCCUCCUGUACUGGGACACCACUGUCUUCCACAAUAACCUCACCAGAAGAUCCUGUGAGCAGCAGCCUAGCUCAGUCUGUUAUGUCUGUCACCUCCUCUCAAAGCCGCCACUCCCAGCUCAGCACUGAUACAGUAUCGUCAAUGUCUGGAUCGUACAUGGCAGCUGGCGCAGAUGACGAUGCAGAUGCCAUCAGUCUUAGUGCUGCUAGUCGAUUACCAUCUGAAGAACUAGAGUCCACACCAGUUGAAACUCCUGACAAGAACUUUUCCAGUAUCCCGGAGGAAGAACAAGAUGAAGAGGGAAAUGAUGUAUCAGAAGAUGACUCGGAAUCACCCUGCCAGGAAGAUGGAAGACAGAAUGCAUUCGCAGGUAUCGAGUGCGACAAUAACAAUGAACGUGUGACUGCGAACUUGACAGGGCUGGAUAAUGACCUGCACUCGGACAUUUGCCUACCUGGAAUCCUGAUGACGGAUGACAAUGCGGUAAGCCAUGGGAACCUGGCCAGUCAUCUUUCUACAGCCAACAUGGAACUUGACGAGGAGAGCGAUACUAGCCACUUUGUGGGACCACUGGCUGUAUAAACAAGUUAUCCCAUAUGAAAAACCAAAUUACACUGUCUCACACACUUCAACCCCAUCUUUAAGUCCCACAUUAAGAACCUCCUGGGGCAAGAAUAAACGUAAUUUCCUAGGCCUGGCCAGGCGAUUGACAGGGGGUGUCUUUGAUAGCUGUUUCACUGCUGAGCUUCCCACCACAUUAGAUUAGGUUCUGCCCAAAGUCAUACGUAAUGUACUUAUUUUUUCCCUGAAGUCUGUAAGAAAGAGCCUGAUGAAGAAGUUCAAGAGCUGACUGCACAAAGCUAAGUGGGAAAGACUUAGGAAAAAUGGAAUGUCUCAUCCAUGAAACUGAGAUAUUUGUAGAGGGGGCUGUAUGUCUUCCUGUGUAGCACAUUCCCAGUUUUAGAGCAGUGAAGUAGACCAUUUUUAGCUGGUAAUUAGACUGGAGUGAUUAAGGGAGGUUUCAAUUAGAAUUGCACUUUUUGACUUUGGCCAGCAAAGCAAUAAUGACUGUUACCUAGUCACCAGUGGCCAUGAAAGAUUCAAAGUUGUAGCUUGCAUGUAGCCAGUUUAAUCCUUCUCAUUAGAUUCUAUAGGUUGCCUGACCAUUUUGUCUACCAUUUACAGGAUUCAUGGUGUGUGUGACUGACCUUUAAUUUCAUCAUCCCUUUUAUUCUGUGUUGGAUCCCUGUUUUUUAUUCAUUCAUUUUGAUACUCGUGAUGCACUAAGUUGAAUCCUUUAGAGUUCUAAUAACGAAUGUUAUGUGAAGGUAUAAUGGGCGGGGAAUAAGGCCAGCCUACAAUGAUCAAAAGCACUGGAUCAUAAUGGUACACCACCUCGUGUCAAGCAGCGUAGCCAUUACUUAUUCUGCAUGUCUUGAAUAAUUCAUUGUAUAACAGGCUAGCAUGAUUCCUAUAAUAAAAAGCAAGUUUCUGUAGCAUAAUACCUCUAAAACAUGAUCAUCUAAGCCAAAAUCGACAAAAAAUCCUGGAAUAUUUAUUCAAAGUGCAUGUUUUUUAAAAUGAAAUGCCAAGCAAGUUGUAGCAAUGGAUAUUUCCUGAAUUUUUUAUUGUCUAAACAUCUCAGAAGUUUGUAUAUAUGCGUGAGUCUGUACUGCUGUGUGUGCGCAUAUGUAUAUAUAAAUAAAUAUUCACACAAGCGAAUAUGUAUGUAUUUACACAUACAUGUUUAAUAAGAACAAAUAAUUAUUUCUCUUAAAUUAGUUUUGUAAAUAGAUAAUAUGAACAUUUAGCCUUGACACUCUCCGUGUUUUCAAAAGCAAAUUCCUGCACUUUGCCUGGGGGCACAGUUCAUGGUAAGGAAAAAGAUGCUGCUGUUGCUGCUCUACUUCUUAAACAUUCUGUGUAGGUGCUAGGUGUCUUAAAAACAGAAUAUCAGCUUGAGUAUAUGGAAUUCUGUUUCUUCACUUUUAGAAGAUGUGCGUACAGAUUUCCUUGCUUAGUUUUUCUGUCAAAUGCCUCUGGAAUUUUUCAGUAUUUGCAAGUUCCAACUUAUAACCCGUUUCAAAACUGUUAUGAAAAUAUGGGACAGUGCUUACUAGUACACUAGUCCAUUCAAAAGUUACUCUCUUCCUACCAUUUGUCUCACUAACGUUGCACUGUUUGUUAUUUCUGGUUUAAUUUUGCAGCUGUAGCAUCUAGAACAGUGCAUUGGCUUGUGCUGGAAUUUGCUGUGGUUGCAUAGACAUGUGUGACAAGUUGCUGAUCAAUGUAUUGAGGGCAUUUUUCUUGCAGCACUGCACACACCGCAGUACUGUGGGGUCAGAUUGCUACGUUACACUGCACCAUAUACUGUGGUAUCACAUUUGCUGGUCCAACCAGUGAUCAGCUUCAGAACAUCUCUUAUUCUGAAACAUGUAUAUAUAUUUUUCUUUAACUCAAUUUAUUUUGUUUCUGUCAUACUUGGAAAUACUUGAAGUACAUUUCCUAAUGAAGCCACGUAACUAAACUUAAGACAGUGUUAUAGCAACUGAAAACCAUGAAAAGCUGCAAUUUAUUCAUAUUGUGGAGCAAUAGCUGAAUCAAAUAAACAUCGGUUGAAGGGACUCUUCGACACUGUUCCUGUCCAAACCGAAAUAGCCCUCAGGAAAUGGAAAGGCAAUCUGCUCCACAGGCAAUAUAAUGUGGGAGAAAUGCUGUACGACAUGCUGCCUGAAGAUGAAAAAAAUUGUCCGUCUUGCUAUGUUGUGUAUUUUGUCUUCUUUUAUGUACUUCAGUGUAAAUCAACAUGGGAAUAAUAGAGGUUUAUUUAUAUUGAUCUUGUUUGAUGUCAGUGUUAUCACCUGCAAUAUAAGCAUAUGCACUAGAAAUUAUAUAAUAAAAUUCUUUCAAAGUAUACAGAAAGAAAAAGGUUAGUAAACAGCACCUGUGUGCCAGCAGGGUAUGACUGUAUUACUUCUAAUGCUGCUUUCAUUACUGUAGGCCUCUUCAAGAAACACGUCACAAAUAAAGUUUGUCCAAACAGAAAA